AUGUCGGUGGGCAUGACUGCUGCCGGUGCAGCUGUGGGCGUCGGGGUUGCGGCGUCCCUGGCAUUCGUGUACAUAUUUGUGGUGGCACCGGCCCGCAGCCCGCUCAACGUGAUGCCCGGACCUCGGUCGACGCACUGGUUCUUCGGGAACAUCCGAGACAUCUUUGACAUAAUGUGGAAGCAAGGCAAGUUCCCUGAGCCGAUAUUGUCAUGGGUGAAUCAGUACGGCGGCGUGUUUUACUACCGUGCAAUGAUGAGUGAUCGAAUUCUACUGACGGAUCCUGUGGCCCUCAAGUACGUUGCGGUCACCAACAGCGACAUCUACCCUCGCGACUUCGGCACCCGCACCAUAUUCCGGGACCUCAUCGGCGGCGACGGAUUGCUCUCCACCGAAGGCGCUACCCAUGCUCAACAGCGCAAGAUGCUGCAGCCGCUUUUUCGCCACGACAAAAUCAAGUCGUUCCUGGGCAUCUUUCAGCACCACGUACGGCGGCUCCAGGAGCACCACCUCCGCGCCGUCGAAGCGACCGACGCCCGGCCUGGUCAAGCGGUGAACCUGCAUAAACUCUUCACCAAGCUCACGAUGGACAUCAUUGGCGUGUCGGCCUUCAGCUACAACUUUGACGCCCUGGCACCGGUCGACCCGACAGCGACUGCCCCACGCGGCACGCAUGGCAGCGCGUCCCAAAUAUCCGUGAUGGAAGCGCUCGAGCUGCUUUUGACGCCGCCAUCGCUGCUGUACGUUGUCGGGAUUUUCUUCUUGCCGUUCUUUCCGCAUUGGCCGCUACCGCCACAGAACCGGAGACGCCGCGCCCAACGCAAGCUCUUUCAAGUGGUCGAUGCCGUGCUCGAGGCAAAGCUAGCACCAUCACGACCGCCGCCGACGGCAGCGACGACUCCAUCUACGUCGAGAAAGAUGCUGGACCUUGUCGACCUCAUGCUGGAAGAGUCCAACGAUCCCAAGGUGUCGUUGGACGAGGCGCGGAUGCACGUCAUGACAUUCAUGUUGGCUGGCCACGAGACGACCAGCUCUAUGUUGAGCUGGGUGUUUGCCGUGCUGGCCCAGCAUCCUACCGAGGAAGCGAAAGCCCGCGCCGAGUGCCGACAAGUCCUGGCGGCCAACAACGAUUCUUGGGACUGGAAAGCACUCGGUGAACUCAAGUACACGACGGCCGUGAUCCACGAAGUGCUGCGUUUGUUUCCAACGGCAAGCCAGCUCUCCACGCGCGUAUGUAUCGAGGACAACUACAUGCCCACGAGCGAGACGACGACUGCCGGCGAUACCAAGACGUACUUCAUUCCCAAGGGCGCCACCGUGGUGGUGCAUACAGGAUCGCUCCAUCGCAACCCAAAGUACUGGUCGCAACCGAACGAGUUCCUCCCAGAGCGUUUUUUGGAAGGGUCGGCCUUGUUUGAGGCGGACAAGGCUCUGCGUGGAGGCCAAGGCAACGCAUUCUACUACAUGCCGUUCAGCGCCGGACCAAAGAACUGCAUUGGGAUGCGGUUCGCCAUGGCUGAGCUCCAAGUCGUCGUGGCCGCGCUGCUCACUCGACAUUCGUUCCGGCUCACGAACAACGCCAACGUCUUGCCGACGAUGGUAGGGGUGACGAUGCGGCCGAGACACUUGGAUAUGACGGUGCACGUCGUCGAUUGA